UCCUUCUCCUCUCACACCAUCUCUACUCGAACCAUUUUCUGCUGCAGCACCUUCCGUCCUUGCCUUUUUCACCGCAAAAAUGGACGUUCGCCGGCGUCCAGUCAAGCGACACCUCCAACGAUCCUUAAAACAACAAGAUUCCGGCGAAUUCCUCAAGCACAAUGACCAAGCAAAAGCUUCCGACGUCCUCCCACUCCCACUUUACCUCACAAAUGGCCUUUUUUUCACCAUGUUUUUCUCUGUCAUGUACUUCCUCCUUCAACGUUGGCGCGAGAAGAUUAGAACCUCCACUCCUCUCCAUGUCGUCACCUUCUCGGAGAUGGCUGCUUUAGUCUCCCUCCUCGCCUCCUUCAUCUACCUCCUCGGCUUCUUCGGUUUCGACUUCAUAAAAUCCAUUCUCCGCCCUUCUCCGGCAUCAUGGAUAAUCGAAGAUGAUAACAUGGAGGAAGAUAAGCCUGUGAAGCCAUGUGGGCAGGCGUUGAUUCCACACAUUUCGCCAACCAAUCCCACGACAGAAACGGAGGUGGAGAGGAAGAAACCACCGCCGACAUUUGAGUACAACUCGGAGGAGAACGAGGAGAUUAUAAAGAAGGUGGUGGCGGGUUCCAUCCCUUCCUACUCUCUUGAGUCAAAUUUGGGUGACUGCAAGCGUGCGGCGGUGGUACGGCGGGAAGCUCUUGAAAGGAUCACCGGAAAAUCCUUAGCUGGGAUGCCACUUGAAGGGUUUGAUUACGAGUCCAUAUUAGGACAGUGUUGCGAGAUGCCGGUGGGGUAUAUUCAGAUUCCGGUGGGGAUUGCAGGGCCAUUGCUGCUUAAUGGAGCAGAGUUUUCUGUGCCAAUGGCGACGACGGAGGGGUGUUUGGUGGCUAGCACCAACAGAGGAUGCAAAGCUAUCUAUGUGUCGGGUGGUGCCACCUGCAUGUUGCUGAGAGACGGGAUGACCAGAGCGCCGGUGGUUAGGUUCGGCAGUGCCAAGAGGGCGGCGGAGUUGAAGCUUUUCUUGGAGGAUCCGGAGAACUUCGACACUCUUGCUGUCGUAUUUAACAAAUCUAGCAGAUUCGGCAAACUACAAAGCAUCAAAUGUGCGAUUGCUGGCAAGAACUUAUAUAUUAGGUUUUGCUGCAUCACUGGUGAUGCCAUGGGGAUGAACAUGGUCUCAAAGGGUGUCCAAAAUGUUCUUGAUUACCUUCAGACCGAUUACCCCGACAUGGACGUUAUGGGAAUUUCUGGAAACUAUUGCUCCGACAAGAAACCAGCAGCGGUGAACUGGAUAGAAGGGCGUGGCAAGUCUGUGGUUUGUGAGGCUGUGAUCAAUGAAGAAGUGGUGAAGAAGGUGCUGAAAACGACCGUGGCUAGUUUGGUUGAGUUGAACAUGGUCAAGAAUCUGACAGGAUCCGCCAUGGCUGGUGCACUUGGUGGGUUCAAUGCGCAUGCUAGCAAUAUAGUUUCGGCUAUAUAUAUAGCCACCGGUCAAGACCCAGCUCAGAAUGUGGAGAGUUCUCACUGCAUCACUAUGAUGGAAGCCAUUAACGAUGGCAAAGACCUUCAUGUCUCUGUCACCAUGCCUUCCAUUGAGGUUGGGACAGUUGGAGGAGGGACACAGUUGGCAUCACAGGCAGCAUGCUUGAAUCUAUUGGGAGUGAAAGGUGCAAGCAAAGAAGAACCAGGGUCGAACGCAAGGGUGUUAGCCACCAUAGUAGCUGGCUCAGUUCUUGCUGGGGAAUUGUCUUUGAUGUCGGCAAUUGCAGCUGGGCAGCUUGUCAAGAGCCACAUGAAAUACAAUAGAUCUACCAGAGAUAUGACCAAAUUAGCCACUUAGUCCUUCAUGUUCUUUGUGGUUUAUGUUGUAUUUGCAAGAAUUUGUAAUAAAAGUUGUCACACAAAACGCGAUUAAUUUGGAGAUGAAAAACAAAGAAUACGUAGUAUUAUUGUUUUGUUUUUCAUGAACAUGCCAUGAGAAACAUUCUUCUCGUAGGUGUAUAAUUAAAGGUGACGACGGUGGUGAUGGAGGCCGUAAUAGUGUUGCCCGGGGAGAAGGAGAUCAGGGCUAUAUAUACAGAUAUGUAGCAUGGUGUUGGUUUUCAAUGUUGGUUGUGAAUUAUUGCAUUAUCUUCUUCAUUUGUGGUC